AUGAAUUCAAUAAGAAAAUGGAUUUUCAAACCAAAGAAAACUGACACAGCACUUCUGGCAAAAUUCUAUUUUGCAGAUGAAGAACUAAACUCUGUAGCCUCAGAGUUAGAUAGUUUCGACGGCCGCAAAGAGCCAGAGAGAUGUGCCAUUUUAGUAAAUCAACUACGACAGCAUCAGGACUCAGUCCUGUCAAUCAUUGAACAAAUUAUGACAGAGGUUAUUCCUAAUUCUAGAGCCAGGAGAGACUAUAGGGUCAAAUUCCCCGAUGACGUAUUACAGGAUAUGCUCACUUUUUCUCUGCAAAUAACCCUGCAGUGCUUAGCUGCGGGGUCCAGUAUAUUGAACCGAGAGGUCGAGAGUGCAAGUAUGCGACCUCUGGCUCGUGCCCUGACCCAACACAUCGACGAGUUGAGAAGUCUGCUAAGGGUACAGUGUCUCAAGAAUCAGUCUUCCUAUAAUGAGAUGAUUGUUAAGGCACUGACAGAUUUUGAUAGACUUUUUUCUGAUUUUGAACUGAGUUAUGUGAGCGUUAUGGUGCCAGUGAAAACGAUGAAAGAUUAUGACCUGCUGCAAGAUGUCACCGUGCUAUUCUGUGAAACUGUUAAUAGGUCUAUGAAACUCGGUCUAUUGAAUCAAGAACUACUGGAUUCUUAUGAUCCAGUGCUCAUGUUCACCAUUCCUCGAUUAGCUAUUGUCUGGUUGGUUGAUUGGCUGGUUGAUUGUCGGGCUGGUUGA